AUACCGUGAAAGCGCCAAAACUUUCGAAUUCGGUAAAACCUCUUCCGGUGUGACGUCGGGUGCCACUGACGUCACCGGUCACGUGGUCAGAGCGCCGAUCUCCCCGACUUUGUGUAGAAACGCUGGGAUUCCGUACAGAGAGCCGAAGCUGGACGUGUCGCUGUGUGGGAGUUCGUCAUCAGUCACAUCAGAACUUCCUGCUCCACACACGGAGAAAGGAAUGAUGUUUUGUUGCAAGUCGUCUCCUGCUUCUUGUGUCCAGUUCCACACACCCCUUGACCUGACCUGCACAAACUCAUCGAGAGAUGCCACUGCUUCAGAUAGGCUUCAGAUGUCUGGAGAGAGCAAAUCUGACCUGUACACAAAAGAAGUGAUGUUCUGUCACCGGUCAUCUCCUGUUCCUUUUGUCCAGUUUCAUACACCUCUGGACCUGACCUCCACAAACACAUUGAGAGAUGACACAGCUUCAGGAAGGCUUCAGAUCUCUGGAGAAAUCAGUUCUGAGAAGCUGUCCAUGAAAGGAGUGAUGUUCUGUCACCGGUCGUCUCCUGAUCCUUUUGUCCAGUUUCAGACACCUCUGGACCUGACCUCCACAAACACACUGAGAGAUGACACAGCUUCAGGAAGGCUUCAGAUCUCUGGAGAAAUGAAGUCUGAGAAACUGUCCACAGUCAGUUGUAGUAGUCAGGGCAGGAGUCUCCUAAGUAAGACCUCACCCAAAGUCAUGUGGAAAAAAAUCCACCAUUGUUCGGUCUGUGGGAAGAGUUUUGCUAGACUGGGCGACCUCCAAAAACAUCAUCGGAUUCACACUGGAGAGAAGCCGUUUCAGUGCACACAGUGUGGGAAGAGUUUUACUCAGGAGAGUAAUCUCCAACAACACCAGCGGGUUCACACCGGAGAAAAACCCUACCAUUGUACGUGGUGCGGAAAGAGAUUUACGCAUCAGCAGAAUUUCCAAACGCAUCAGAGAAUUCACACCGGAGAAAAACCAUAUCAGUGCUCGGAGUGUGGGAAGAGUUUUACUCGCAAGAAUGCUGUACAGCGACACCAGCGUGUUCACACCGGAGAGAAACCGUUUCACUGUAUUCAGUGUGGGAUGAGUUUUAGUGAAAAUGGUACUCUCAAAGAACACCAGCGACUUCACACAGGAGAGAAUCUUUAUCAUUGCUCAGAGUGUGGAAAGAGUUUUCAUCAGAAGAAAACUCUACAAGGACAUCAGCGGACUCACACCGGCGAGAAGCCGUACUUCUGUACGGAGUGUGGAAAGAGUUUCAGCCGGAUGAAUACGCUGCAGCAGCACCACCGCAUUCACACAGGAGAAAGGCCGUUUCAGUGUUCGGAGUGUGGACAGACGUUCGCUCAACAAAGUACGCUCCACCGACACCAGCACAUACACACUGGAGAGAAACCGUAUCAAUGCUCACUGUGUGGGAAGAGUUUUAAUCGUAAAAAUACACUCCAACUCCACCAGCGCCUUCACGCAGGAGAAAAGUCCAGCGCUGAGGACAUUUACUCUGGAACUUCAGAGUAAACUCAUAGCUUGUACAAAGGCAGUAUUUUUGUAGCACAUGGCCUUUACUGAGGCCAUGUUGGUUUUCACACAGUUUCUGUGGUCAGAACCUGAGUGUGAUCCAGUCUUGGUGUGGAAUCAGACUCACUUGAUUCUAUUGAAUUUGAAUCCUGGUUCAUUUGAGUUCAUGUGACAUCAUCACAAACCCUCAUGGAGAACACAGAAUGGCUCACCAGAUUUUCUGUUCUUUGCAGUAAGACAUCUCGGCUCUUCCGUGUCCCACAGUGUUCCCCUGACACUCAUGGUACACGUGUCUUGUGGAAACUAAUGAUCUCCUCAUUGACUAAAACUCGUGCACUUUCCUUCCUGAAAGCGUGUGGACCCCAAAAGGAGUCGUGUUCACUUCAUGGGAAUCGUAGCAGACUUCCAGAACAGUUAAACCCAGACCUCCUCUUAUGGGUCAGUACCAUGCUGAGAUUCCUGCUCCACAAGUUUACAACUGUUUUCUCAUUAGCUCCAUCGUUGUGUUAAAGCUCAGUUAGCACACAGUUUAGACCCGGUUACUGGAUGCUAAUGAGCGUCCAGCAGGUAAACGUCACACACAUACAUGUCACAAAUCCCUACUAAAUGGAGUGACACUAGAACAAAGAUUAAAGAGAGACUUUAUUUAAACAUAAACCUGUUUACAUUUUCAUACAUUUACAUUUGCAGCAUUUAGCAGACGCCCUUUUCCAGAGUGACUUACAUUUUAUUUCAUUGUAUACAACUGAGCAAUUGAGAGUUAGGGGCCUUGCUCAGGGGCCCAGCAGUGACAGCAUGGUGGACCUGGGAUUUGCUCCUUUGAACCUUCUGAUCAGUAAUCCAACAUCUUCACCACUAGGUACCACAUCCCUUAUACCUAACAUCCCUUAUACCUAACAUCCCUUAUACCCAACAUCCCUUAUACCUAACAUCAUACCAGGUAUAAAAAGACCAAACAGGGGAGGUCUGCAGAGCUGAGAGUGUCUGUAUGCAUUUACUGUAUGCCUCCUGUUUAUUGUAAGGCGGUUCUUUAGUUGGCUGGUCACCGAUUUCUCAAUCAUAGAUCUGCAGAAGCAAUAAACAGGCUAUAAUGCUACAUGGCACAGUCUGGAUGUUUUAUGAAUCAGUCAUGUCAUUCAUUCAAACGUUCAAACGAAUAUCCAUCAGAAAACAAGGAGCAAAAAACUUCAGCUUGUUCCCUGGAAAUCAAAUAAACAUGUGGUACAACAUCUACACCAGUCAGAGACAAUUCGGGAAAUGAUUAGAAACUGGACUUUUUGUGUGGAGAAAAACAGGCAGCACUUACGGAUAACGGCAUCCUACUAGCGGUGUUGCUUGGCGAUUGAUCUGUGAUGGGGUCGUAUGUCGGCCAGUGACACAGACCACAGGUAAAUGUAAGAAUAGAUGUGGUAUCUUCACAGUACCAUGAACAUACUGAAUGUUUGUCUAAAUCUAAAACGUGUGAAACCCACAAAGCUUUCUGCAAGAUAGAGAGGGAGCAAAGGCAUUCGACCAGAAGAGAAAGAUUUCCAGUCGGCUACAAAAACGUGUGUAUGAUAUCUGCCAACGUUGGGAUCACUAAAUACUGACUUAGUAGUGUUUCAUUUUUAAUUGCAUAAUAUACAAAGUAAAUGUGUUAACAACAUUGUAUCUCAUAUAAAAUAUUGUAAUAAAAGACAUUUCUCCAUUUAAAAAAAAAAAAAAAAAAAAAGUGUUAUUGGUGCAGGGGUGCCAAAACUUUUAUAUACCACUGUAUAUUUUAAGGUUUUACACAAAGUGUACUAAAAAAAAAUAAGUAACAGUUAUGGGAUGUUAGUUUUUAUGUUUUUUUAGGGAUUAAAUAAAGGUUUGUCUCUGCUGUCUGUAUUUUA